CGUGUGGCCGCUGGGGGCAGCAGAGUCACUGUUUACAGCCAGAGGAGCAGGGCGCACGAGCUCUCAGUGUGGAGCUGGAACCACAGACAGUCAGGCAGGAGGUCGUAGUUGUAGUUUUUUUAAGUUACAGAAACUCGCAGGUGUGGCAGUUAAGCUUCUAUCAUUUACAUGGUGACUGACUACAGAUUCAGAGGUAACUACUUGUUGAUAUGAAACUGUCGACCGGGGUGGUAGAAACACAACAUUUAGAUCGGGCUCGCUGACUUCUGCAUGGUGGCUAGCUAGCUAACCGUUAGCUGUAGGAACUACUUGGCUAGCUGGCUAGCGAGGUCCAGCCCAAAAGUUGUUUACCUUAAGUUGUCGAUGCGGUUUACCCUCGAGCUUUUUGCGACUUUUCUCUGGGAUAAGAGACCACGGGCCAAAAAUCCACACUGGAUUUAACACUGUGCGCUGUUAGGAAACUAGCAGGAUGUCCACAGAGGUUGAGCGUAGUAAGGCUGACUCAGGUUUGACAGCGGCCAGCUCCGGCGGAGCGGAGGAGCAGAACCAAAACAAGCCCGAGGGGCAGAAAGGAUCGGAGAAACAGCUACAAGAUGGCCACAGCUCCGAGGUAGCCAAGAGCCCGACCGACAUGCACAAGAAAUGCAAAGAAAACGAUAAAGAAAACGACCAAGGCAGCAACGCUGACUCGGCUGUUGAGACGGUGAAGAGGAAAGUUGUUGAAGCUCCUCCGCCGAAAGUCAACCCGUGGACUAAGAGGACCACGGGCAGGGUUCCCAUCAAUAAUACCAGCUCCCAAGAGAAAGCUUUAUCUGCAGAUCAACAAAACGCUCUCAAAGUUGUUCGUGCCAACAAGCCCAGAGCGAGAAAAUCCAGCAAGUCAAGUGACUUCAGUGAUAUCACAAACUGGCCCACGCCUGGUGAACUGGCCAAAGAGCAACAGCAAAAUGCCCUCGACAACACCGGGAAGAAGCCUCCCUCCUCGCGCAAAGAGAAGGAGAAGAGGAGGGAGCGACCAGAGAGGAAAUCGGAGAGCAGCCAUGAGGGAGGUGAGAGCAAAGAGAACCAGGAGGCUCAGAUGGACCUGCUGGGAGAGCUGCCCAAAGACAGAGAGCCAAAGGCAGAACAGGACACCAAGAGUGCCAGCCUGAAGAAGAGAGGAGGUGAGGGUAACAAACGUAAAUGGGUUUCUCUGCCACUGGAGGAAGUGUCCCGGGACGACGGUGACAAGACGCCCAGCGGGGCCCCGACGGGCUCCCACACAGAGCUCACCAGUGACUUGCCUGACCCUGCCUCGCCUGAUCACGCGCUGCAUAAUAACAGGGUGCAUGAUAGCAGGAGUUGGAGAAGAGAGCCGCGGGACUUUGGGGACGAUCCUGCCAGCCUCAGAAGUGACAUUGGGAGCCUUCGUGGAGGGAUACGAGGCCGAGGGAAAGGUCGUGGGCGCGGCAGAGGUCGUGGACGAGGCCGUUACGAAUACUCACAAAAUUUCCGGGACUCUCAGUCAUCUGACAGCUCUGCUCAGGUUCCCACAGAGUUUGGAACCAACAUGGUUUAUUAUUACGAUGAUGGCAGCAAAGUCCAGAUGUACACGGUAGAAGAAAAGCUUCUUAAGGAAUACAUCAGACGUCAAAUUGAGUACUACUUUAGCCUCCACAACCUGGAGCGGGACUUCUUCCUGAGGAGAAAAAUGGACUCGCAGGGCUUCCUCCCCAUCUCCCUCAUCGCCGGCUUCCACAGAGUCCAGGCCCUCACCACUGACAUCAACCUCAUCAUGGAGGCUCUGAAGAGCAGCAAGGAGGUUGAGCUGCUGGACAACAGGGUUCGCUGUAAAACUGAUCCGGAGCGUUGGCCCAUCCCCGCCCCUCCUGUCGUGGGGUCUCCUCGGACCGACUUCUCCCAGCUCAUCAACUGUCCUGAGUUUGUCCCCAGACAGACGCUCAGCUCCACAAACACUGCUUCAUCGCCUGUGAAGGAGGCUCCCCCGGAGUCUGCCGAGCCUCUGGACUCAGCUGAUCCCAGCUCCUCCAGUCAGGAGUCACUGUCUGCCACAGACAUGUCCAAAGACACCCCCACCCCUAAGCCUGACCCUGACGCCUGGAUCCAGGUGGAGAAACGCCAUAGACAGCCCCCCCGAAAAGCAAAGUAUAUCACUGAUGAUGUGUGUGUUGUCGCCUCUUCUCCUCCCUCAGUGCUUCAACCUGACUGUCUCCCCUCUGCAGGGGACAGCAAGACACCUCCUCCCAGCCUCCAGACUCCUCCGCAGGCCGAGCCCGACCAGGAGGAGCUGGACUUCCUGUUUGAUGAAGAAAUGGAGCAGAUGGCUCCCAGGAAGAACAAGUUCACUGACUGGUCAGACGAGGACAACUCGGACUACGAGCUGGACGACCAAGACGUCAACAAGAUCCUUAUUGUCACUCAGACCCCUCCGCACCUUCGUAAGCACCCUGGCGGUGACCGGACAGGCAACCACGAGUCCCGAGCCAAGAUCACUGCCGACCUGGCUAAGGCCAUCAAUGACGGACUGUACUACUACGAGCAGGACCUGUGGAAGGGGGAGGAACAGAUCGAGUACAGCAAACAGGAAGUGGAGAACUUCAAGAAGCUAAACGUCAUCAGCAAAGAUGAGUUUGACACACUCGCACCCAAAGCGCCCGUUGACCCAAAUCAGGAAGUCCCACCUCCUCCGAUGCCAGUGGACAGUGGAGCAGAGUUGGCCUGCUCUCUGCCUACAGCGGUCCCAGAGUCACCCAGCGCUCAUCAACCCCGAACUCCCAGAACGCCUCGCAUCCCCGGACGCCAGGACCCCAACAAGACGCCGCGUUUCUAUCCUGUCAUGAAAGAGAGCGGCACCAUCGAUGGACAGAUGCCGAGGAAGAAGAAGACCCGACACAGUUCGAACCCCCCUCAGGAGGCCCACAUCGGCUGGGUGAUGGACUCCCGUGAACACCGGCCGCGCUCUGCAUCCAUCAGCAGCUCCAACGCCUCUCCAUCAGAAGGAGCCCCGCUGUCAGGAAAUUACGGCUGCACCCCCCAGUCUCUGCCCAAAUUCUGGCAUCCAUCCCAUGAGCUGCUGAGAGACAAUGGCUUCACCCAGCAGGGAUACCACAAGUACCGCAGACGGUGCCUUAAUGAGAGGAAAUGGUUGGGGAUCGGCCAGUCUCAGGAGAUGAACACACUGUUUAGGUUCUGGUCCUUCUUCCUGAGGGACAACUUCAAUAGGAAGAUGUACGAGGAGUUCAAACAGUGUGCACUGGAAGAUGCCAAAGAAAACUACAGGUACGGACUGGAGUGUCUCUUCAGAUACUACAGCUACGGUUUGGAGAAGAGGUUCAGGUUAGAUCUGUUCAAGGACUUUCAAGAAGAGACUCUCAAGGACUUUGAGAAAGGUCAGCUGUAUGGACUGGAGAAGUUCUGGGCCUUCUUGAAAUACUCUAGGAUAAAGAACCAGCCCAUUGACCCAAAGCUGCAGGAACACCUCUCCCAGUUCAAGAACCUGGAGGACUUCAGGGUGGUGCCACCCAUAGGAGAGGAGGGAGGCAGGAGGAGUUAUCACUUAUCCUCAGGCGGGGAUGAAGGGAGGCGUCGGCGACAUCCUUCCAACACUACCUCAAAGCCCACGCAGUCCUCCAAACCCUCCAGCAUCACCAGUCAGCCCACCACUGCACACACCGCACCAAAAGACAACACCCAGAAAACAGCUACAGGAGCCGCCGCCCAGGUGAAGAAGACGGAGGCUAGAGCCGGGAAUAAGGGAAGUGUUGCACCAGAUAAAUGAAGCUCCCUCCUCGAGGUGUGGGCUUGGAUAGAAGCGAUGCAGAGCGAGGUGGCAGCAGCAGCUGAGCUCAGCAUUUGCUUUUUUCAGUGGAAGACUGUUUGGGUGUGAAGGGACUGAGCGUGGUUCGCUUAAUUUGAUUGGUUUUAUCAGUGCAUUUCAUUUUAAAGUAAGCAAGCAUAGUCUGAGCUUGAAUCUGUGUGUCUGACAGCUCAUAACGUUUACCAAAACAAAAAAAAGAGCAUUCCCUGCAUUUUGCCUUCUAUUCUCUCAGAUGCCAAACUCUUUAAUCUCCACAAUCUGCAUACCGCUCUGGUCUGUAAAGAGCUGGUGAACUGUGACUCUGGUUUGCCACGAUGAGGGAUACUGCAGGUGAUCUUGUGUGCCUUAUUCUGAUUCACCAGGACGACUGGGCAGCGAUCAGAGUAUCGAAACUGUCCAAGUUCUUCUUUUAAAACUGACAUCACUUGCAGGUUUUUCUUUCUUGAGGCAGGAAUAACUUCCAUUUUGAUCAUGACAAUCAAAGUAGCUGCAGUCAUAAAUUUGUGAAGGACUGAUUUCUGAGGCCCGUAGGAAUGAGUGUGAGUGUGUGUGGUUGUCUGUCUCCCUGUGAUAGACUGGUGACCUGUCCAGGGUGGAUCCUGCCUAUCGC